CGUGCGCGUGCUUCCUCUUGUGCGGUUGUUGGUUGCUACGCGUUGCUAGGAAGUCCAGUAAGUUUCUUCAGUGAAUUGAAGGAUGUGAUCAUAUACUGUAAUACCAUGGGACUUGUUUACAUCUAAAACCAAAUCCAACAAUAGAAUGAGUGAAAAUGGAGAAAGCAUCCCAUUUAACCCCACUGAUCUCAGUUCAGGUGAACCAGCCUGCAAAGCUAAUACUGUCCUUAGGGUAGAUUCAAGUACAGACAUCAGCAACAAAGAUGAAUUGAUAGAUGUCAACAAGCCCAAUGAUGGACCCAGACUACUUCAGGAUGAACACAAGGACAUCAAGCUUAGUCCAUAUCUGCCACGGCCUCCCUCGCAGCCGAAACACAUUGGAUUGGCGAUGGGAGGUAGAAACAUGUCAUACGAGGAGAAGGUCAGAGGGAGAAGACUGAGAAACAGCCAGGAGAGUCUCACAGACCCGGGUGAGACGGGAUCUUCCACCGAUUCUCUUAAAGAAGAAAACUCAAGCAGUCCAUUGGGUUUGAAGAAUGGACAAAGUCCUUCAUCUAGACGCCCACUUGAUCUUCUGCCCAUGGAGACGACGUUCAGGAGUUGGUCUGGUAGCUUCUCAGAGAGUGACGUGUCCCCACAUGAGCUUUGUGAUUCGAAAGAACGCAUAAAACCGUCCCGAAUAGUCCUUUCUCCAUUGCAGUCCACCAGCACGUAUCCUGCUCUGAAUCACACAGUAGCCUCUGCGAGCCUAAGAACAACUAAUCGGAUUGACAAGGAUUGCUUGGAUUACAGUGCAGUGGGGAGAAGGGGACGGUCGGAGAGACUUCAUAGGAACCUGAGCGAUAGCCGGCUUUUUGAGACCAUGGUGUCGGACAAUGUCUCUGUCCACUCUAUGAGGUCCACGUAUAGUGUGCUGAACCCCAUCAGACCCAGGGAUGUGAGGAACAGGAGCUUUCUGGAGGGCAGUGUUCUGGGAAACGGUGCUUUGUUGGGAGCAGAAGAGCUGGAUCGCUAUUUCCCAGAGAGACGGCUUGGCAUCUACAUCGCCACAUGGAACAUGCAGGGACAGAAGGAGCUUCCAUACAAUCUUGAUGAUCUGUUACUUCCAACCGACACAGACUUUGUACAAGAUGUUUAUGUUAUUGGCGUUCAGGAAGGUUGUCCAGACAGGAGAGAAUGGGAGAUCCGUCUUCAGGAGACUCUUGGCCCGUAUUACGUGAUGCUGUACGCAGCUGCUCACGGUGUGCUCUACCUCACUGUUUUCGUUCGACGGGACCUCAUAUGGUUUUGUUCAGAGGUAGAACAUGCCACAGUCACCACCCGAAUUAUAUCCCAGAUCAAGACUAAAGGAGCUGUGGGUAUCGGCUUCACUUUCUUCGGGACAUCCUUCCUUUUCAUCACGUCUCAUUUUACCUCUGGAGAUUCUAAAAUAUAUGAAAGAAUCUUAGACUACAACAAGAUCAUCGAAGCUUUGGCUCUCCCUAGAAAUCUCCCUGACACCAACCCUUACCGCUCCACGACCUCCGACGUCACGACACGUUUCGAUGAAGUCUUCUGGUUCGGAGACUUUAACUUUCGCUUGAGUAAAACCAGAGGAGAGGUUGAAGCCAUGUUGAAUCAGGUUGUUGAUGCAGACAUGAGCUUGCUAUUACAACACGACCAGCUGUCUAAAGAGAUGAAAGAAGGUUCCAUUUUCAAAGGGUUUCAGGAAGCACAGAUUCACUUUACUCCUACUUACAAGUUUGACAUUGGUUGUGACGUCUACGACACUACUACAAAACAGAGGACACCCUCUUACACUGACCGAAUUCUUUAUCGAAACAGACACGCAGAUGACAUUAAGGUGGUCAAGUAUACAUCUUGCUCGGCUAUUAAGACAUCAGACCACCGCCCAGUCGUUGGCUUGUUUCAGGUCAAGCUUCGUCCUGGUCGAGAUAACAUUCCUUUGGGUGCCGGACAGUUCGACAGGGGUCUGUAUUUAGAGGGAAUCAGGAGGAGAAUCACCAGAGAGCUGAAGAAGAGAGAGGCAACCAUGAAAAACCAGAACAGCAGCACUGUUUGCACAAUAUCCUGAUCUGGGACCAGUGCACAAAAGCCACGGGUGCUUAAACUGCUCAUUUCAAAAACCAAGUUGCGUGGAAAGCUGGACUUUCAGGACAACUCGGUACUAGAAGUGUCACGCCGCUUAUCUGUCUUCGCUAAAGUACAAGCUUCGGUGCACAGUACAGGGACCCCAGAAGCAUAAUAUUGUUUAAUUAAACCGACAGGACUUUAUUAAUUUUACUGACCAGAGUAAAUGAAAAUGACCUAACACACUUGUAUUGUCCGCACUGUACAGUACAUUUACCGUAUUAUUCCGGUGUUUCUGUAUAUAUAUAUAUUUUUUGUAUAUUUAACUUCAAAGUCAAAACAGUUGUGUGUUUUGCAUUUUCAACUGAUAACUAGCACACGUUUCUUAUCAUUUACUGACACCUUAAGCACCCGAUGUACAAGGAAGCCGAUUAUUUAUUUUUUAUCGGCUGCUGGAUCCUAUUUACGAACAGUUACUUAAUAAUGUGCUAAACGGUUGUGCUCUUUAAAAGGGAACUAUACUGUAACAUUACCAGCAAAUUAAGGGAAAUUUUUUUAUUUUCUGUCAUUGAUGGGCAUAAUGUGACAACUAGUGGUUAUGAGUAUGCAGAGAAACUAAACUUGGGUUGAUUAUAUAACCGUAGGUACAUUUGGUCUUCAAAGUCAUUGUUUUCCUGCGUUUUUAAAAGGUUAUUUUUCAAACAUUUAAAUAAUUUAGUACUAAUUGUCAUGAUUUACAAGAUGUAACAGACCAUAAAAAUAUAUAUUUUCUUUAAAGUGGACAUAUAACAAGACUUUUUUAAGAUGUAAAAUAAAUGUUUGGUAGCCCCAGAAUACGUAUGUGAAGUUCUAGCUCAAAAUACCAUAUAGAUAAUUUAUUAUAACAUGUUAAAAUUUCCACUUUAGGUGUGAGCAAAAAUGUGCCGUUUUUGUCGGUGUUCUUUUAAAUGCUAAUGAGUUGAUCUCUGCACUAAAUAGCAGUUCCAUGGUUGGAUAGUGCAGAUUAGGGGCCGUAUUGUCCCCUUCUGACAUUACAAGGGGAGCCAAAUUUCAAUGACCUAUUGGUUUACCAGGUUGUUCUUUUUCACAUUUUCUAGGUUGAUACAAGCACUGGGGACCCAAUUAUAGCACUUAAACAUGGAAAAAGACGUAUUUUCAUGAUAUGUUUCCUUUAAAAGUGUUAUAUAGCUAAGAAAUAUUAUUCCUUUUUGUCCAAAUUAGUCGGUGUCAGUUACUGUCAACUCUGUUGCCAAGAUUCACGACUUCGCAUUAACGUAUAAUCAAGUAAGAAAUAAAGUACAUGGCAUGCUGUCAAAGUGAAGGGCUCAGAGCUCGCAUCUUACCCCAAACCCAUAAUACCACCACCACUCCCCUUAAUUGGGAUAGAUACCAGCAGAGAGUGAAGCGGUGGGGUGGAGGAGUGAUGCUGCAAAAAACUGUCAUGGGACAGAGGUGAGGGAACACCACCAUAUAUAGAGAUCUCUUUGCGCUGAUUGGUUGGAUUACAUGACCAUGCUCCUCCGAACUUACUUAAAUUUAUACACAGACAUGACUUUCAACACUGUUACUCUACCUUGGUAACAGAGUUGACAGUAACAGAAUUGACAGUAACAGAAUUGACACAGGAAUUCAUGAUUUUUUUUAGCUAUACAAGAAAGAAAAUUAUAUUUUUAUGGCCUGUAACAUCUUGUGAUGCAUGACAAUGAAUACCAAAUUAUUAAAAUACAAAUGCAUAAAAUAAUGACCAAAUGUAGCUGCAAUUAUACAACUUAAAGCAGGUAUGGAUCAUACUUGAGGUUAUUGCCUUAACUAAUCCCAGUGUACUUGUGCUAGUUUGAUGUCAGACGAGAUAUAUUACCAUAGCACUACAAUGGUAUUUAUAUGUGCAUGGAUCUCGAUUACGGUGGAAUACAGAGUGGCGCAUCUACAAAUGGUUCAGUUGUUUCUGUACUAAAAGUGCCUGCAAUCUUGCUUACAAUUUCAGAUACAUUCUGCUGUUUAAAACCAAAUACUAGCAUGUAUGUAUAUAUUUACAAA